CAGAGAGAAGCAGAGAACUUGGCUCUGCGAUUCCCCUUCACUCUGUCACUAGACAGCCCAAUGGAGUCUGCUGCGGCUGAACCAAGACCCACUGGGGUCAGCAGCCUCUUGGGUGUCCCAGGGCUCAUCACCUGGGACGGGAACGAGGCGAUUGAUGCGGAGGUGAUCGGUGGCAUCAGGCCCAGGUCCUCCCCUCUUCCACGGAGAAGGAGCUCCAGUGACUUAAAGGACUGUGAGCUCGAGCUGACGCCGUCAAGCUCCAGGAGGGUGUCCUUUGCGGAUGCCCUCGGCCAAAACCUGGUGAACGUGAAAGAGUUUGACUCGUGGGACAUAACCAUCCCGCUGAAUUUCGACGCCCUUGAGGGAGAGAAAGAGGUAGAGGAAUACUACUUGUCCUCCUUAUACACUCCUCCACCGUCCGAAGAAGCCAUGGUCCUGAGGGUUCAGGAGCAGAAGCUAGAGCUGGAGAGCAUUGAGUUACUCCGUGGGACUACGAUACUGAGGGGCGUGGUCCGUGUUCUCAAUGUCUCAUUUGAUAAGAUGGUGUACAUCCGCACCUCUCUGGAUGCCUGGGUCACGCACUUUGACCUGCUGGCAGAGUUCAUACCAGGGUCCAGCAAUGGAGACACUGACUGCUUCUCCUUCAAGCUCACCCUGGUGCCCCCCUUUGGGGAAAAGGGGGCCAGAGUGGACUUCUGUCUCCGGUAUGAGACCCCUGUUGGGACUUUCUGGGCCAACAAUAGUGACCGGAACUAUGUGAUGUUUUGUCACCAGAAAGUCAAAGAGCUGAAAGAUAAAGCACAACAAUACGAAAACGGGCGUAGGAAAAGCAUCCUGAAAGCCAACAUUCAUGAAUUUCCCUGUGACGAAAACUGGUCAUCAAUCAGUGAUGAAUCGUCAGAUGUAAACAAACGUGGAGGAGCGAUGACUAGCGUGAACAUCUCUGAGUCUCAGUCAGGAGCACUCGAAGAUGAUCAUCAGAAAUUACUGAUUGAGAGCAGCCAAAACUCCAGCCGUAGAAACCGACGAAAGGCAGCACGAUUGGUGAAGGUGCAGGACUACUUCAUUCAGAGAGAGGAUGAGACCCAAGAGAAAGAGAAGGGAGCAGUGGAACCAUCACAGAUCCCACAGGAAAGCACAUUCCCACAGGAAACACCUUCAAAUGGGCCUGUGGUACAACCACUGCCACCACAGCACAGGAAAAAGUUUGGGCUGCAGGCGACUUCAGAUUCUCUAGCUACGUGCAACAAAUUGUCUCCUGGUCUCAGGGACAGCACGUCUUGUGAGGAGUCAGUGAAACCUGAGAACAUAGACUCAAUGGUCAGCUCAGCCCCAUCCGAGCUGGGAGAGGAACAUGCCUCACCGAUCCCCAGCAACAAGUCAGAUUUAACUGAUCAACCCGCUGCUCUGUACCAAAAUGGUGAUACGUCUGUUUCUAAAGUGGAAGGAAGUGCUCUGAUGCAGAUGGAACCUGAGAAGGGUGGAUCUGCCAUCAGCACAGAAGGAACACGUUCAGAUAACACUGUGAGCUUGGAGAACAGCACAGCAGGCUCAGUCCCAGGCAGCCAGACCAAUUGCUUUACGUUUGGAAAUGUUGUGGCCCCACUAUACUGUCAGGUAUUUGGUAGAGUGGUGAGCGAGAGCCAGAGCUCAACCGAUAUUGGGAAUCGAACAAGGGGGACAUUGCAUGGAAGGGAUUCAACAGCCUGUACAGUCCAGAGUUACGUAGAAACUCACUCCUGUGUUUCAGCUGAUACCCACGGGACACCUGAAGAAAAGCCUGUAGAUCAACAGCAAUAUCUUGAAUCAAACCAAGGACAGUUCAUCUUUGGAUUAAGUGCAGAAAAAGAGUCUGAACUUGAACCUCUGUCAGAAAAGGCAGGAGGUUUUCCCAGGGCUCACACUGCCCUGCACACUGCUGCUGCUCUCAGGGCACAAAUCCCCAAAGAGGACUCAGGCCUCCAGGGGCCUGAAGAGAACAUUCUGCCUCCCCAGUCCCAGAUCCACCAGGACAGCGAGUUUUUCCAGACACAACCCCCAUUACCAAACACAACACUUUCACAAACUCCUCCAGACACAACACUUUCCCAAACACAAACAUUGAUAGACACAACACAAGGCCGUCUCUUACAGUCACAAACUGAAAUGGGGUCUAAACAUGUCUCUGCUGAAAUGAAUAUGCAGGGGUACAGUGGUGGAUAUGAGAGACCUGAUGAGUCAGAGGAAAUGGAGAACCCUUCCCCAGCCAACACUGACGAAUGGUCAACAGGCACAUUCACAGAAUUAGUAGGCACAUAUAUAGCCAUGCUAGAGCCUGUGUAUGCUGACCAAAAGGUUUUCACUUCAACAAAGGUGGAGGAAAAGAUCCCCACUGAGCACAAAAGCGUAGCUGUGACCUGUACAGACACACUGGAGGAAGAAACCAGUGGGACAAUGUUAAAAGAGGAUCCCAUUGUCAUUAAGGGUUGGACAUCAUUGGAGAAGUUGAUGAGAAAACAAACGGAUCAAGUGAAGGGUGAACCAUCAGUUGAAGUGUCAAACACCUUUGGUGAUGAAGAAAACAGGCAUUCUAUUGACAGUAAGGUUUAUAGUGAGGAAGAAGGCGAGAUGACAAACUAUGUGAGGGAUGAUUAUGAUGAAGACACUGACAAGGUCCCAAUGUCCAAAGAAGAAGAUAUUCAUAAGGAAGAUGACCUGGUCAUUGUGAAAAAUAAGGAGGAUUUAGUUCCUACAGAGAACGAGAAAGGUCCAAGUGAUGGACAACCAUUGCUGAUGAACAAUAUAAUAGAAAAAGACUGGGAGGGGACUGUGGAAGAGGAAGAGGAGGAGAUGAUGGGGGAAUAUGUGGAAGAGGGCGAAUGGGAAGAAGAGAAAGUAGAAGUGGAGAUGAUGGCUGGGGAAAGGGAGUUGGAGGUAGGGGAGGUGGAGGCAACAGAGGAAGAAGUGGAGAAGGAGGUGACCAAGGAGGAGUUGGCAGUAGAAGAGGUGGAUAAGGACAAAGAAGAAAUUAUGUUAUGGGAAAAGGUACAAGGAAGGGUGGAGGAAGAGCUGGUGAAAGGAGAGGAGGAAAUAGAGAAAGAAAUGGAGGACGAGAUGGUUGUUGAAGAAGAACUGGAGGAAUUAGAGGAGGGGGAUGUGAAAUGGAUAGAGUGGGAGGAAGAGGAGAUUGUAGAGGAAGAGAAGGAGGAGGAAGCAGAGAAAGACAAAGUAGAUGUAGAAUUACUCGGUGAUCAAAAUGAAUUGGUGGAUGAGUUAAGCAAGCCAAUGGGCAAUCCUUGUGAGGGUAAGGGGGGUGAGAGCACAAAUGUAAAUGUUGCAGAAAAAUCAGGCCCAGAAGAAAAUACAUUAAAGACGGAUGAAGUGUCAAAUAUUUGCUACAAUGACGUAACGCCGGACACCAAUCAUCUUGGAGGAGAGGAAAUGGAUUCCAUCAAAGGAGACGGGGAAUCCUACAUUCAAACAGAUGAACCUGCCCAUGAGAAAGAGGGUGAAGGUGGGGCUGAGGCGGACAACGCGUCCACAGAGUCCCCGUCAGAUGAUGAGAUGGAGCUGUACAUGCACAGUCUGAGGGCUGCACAGAAGCAGCGAAACAAGGACCCGAGUCUUGGGAAACGGCCCUCGAUAAGUAGAAGAGGCAGCAGGCUGUCCAUGCCGUCCAUCAGUGAGUCUGUGGAUGAGGCAAGCAACCAGGAUGAUCAGCCAGACACGGUGUCUGUGGAGCAUCAAUCUACAAGUGCAGUGCCCGUUGUGGAGGGAGGGCAGGAUAGCACCAGGAGCAAUGUCAUGUGGUGGAGAGAAACAUUUUCUUGGCAUAAUCUCUCAAAAGCACUGUUAUACACCGUCCUGUUUGUGGUUUUUUUUUUUGCUGCUUACCAUUAUGACUUUCUGGCCUGUUUCAGUCUUUACUUGUUAUCUGUGAUCUGGCUGGUUUGUCAGGGGGAGAAACCGGCGAUGAAAGGAAAUAAUAGAAUAGGUCGAGACCCGUGAAAAUAUAUGUCAGUGUUUAUAAAGUGCUCCACAAUUAAGUUAAAUCAUUUUUCAUUAUAUGCCUCAUCUGAGAAUACAUGAACUCGCAAAUGCCAAAAGUGUAAAACGAUUGGUGUGUAGCAUACUGCAAAGAGUAUCAUGUAAAUGUACGUUAAAGUCAGUAUAUGCAUUGUUCUAUCCAAAUUCCAUCAAGAAAUACUGUGUGUAUAUAUAUAUAUAUAUAUAUAUAUUAGAACAUUCUUAUUAAAAUGAUAUUAACAGGCAAGGAUAUUAUCCUUUAAUUAGCUAUACUCUUAUGAGCGUCACCUAGAUCAAGGCAGACCCUUUUUCAAGUUCAAUGGAGCACACAAUAAUAUUAUUUUUCUAAUAGAAUGUUAUGUGCCUUUUCUACACAUUGGCCAUACAAUUGAUGCAUCUUGGCAGCAUGUAUGUUAUUUGAACACAUUAGUUCAAAGCCUUACGUUCAAACAACACACCAGUUACAAAGCUGUGGACCAUUGCUUAGAUGGAUUAUUGAUUUUAACAACUUUUAUUGCAUUAUUGUAUUUGGUGUAAAUUAAACUGAUUUUAAAACAG